UCAUACAUAUUUAAGACUUGAUAGAUAUCCGUGGCCGCUCAACGAGUUGUGACCAACGGCCGCUAUUAUCGAGCGGCAAGUACACUCUACAUCAGGUGUUAUUAUCUCAACGAUCUAAUUCAGCAGCUAUCACGACCAUCUAUAGACGCUUGCUGAUCCUAGUUAUUAGGUAUCGUCAUCACCCCAAUGGCGACAAGAGUAGACCUGUCCCAGCCCGUGGCGGCGCAAACAAAACCAAACUUCACUCCAAUAAUCUCUCAGGCUCAUGUCUUAGAUAUCAACCACGAUGUCUUUACACCCGCUAGGCACUUGGCGUUUAAGGAAAUGCCAAAGGUGCACACGAUGAAGGAGCUGGGGUUCUCGGAAACUACGGGCGUCUCGCCUAUUGCUGUCUCAGAGCCGUUCCGGCUUUUUACAGAGGAAGCUGUUAUGCAGAUGAGGCGAGAAGUCCUUUCUCCUGAGGUAUUCGAGAACUGCCAAUAUUCCAGUAACCUUGCUCAUUGUUAUCUGAGAGGUUUUGCGAAUAAAUACGCCCCCUUUGUAUAUGAUGUGUGGAAGAACCCAGAAACCCUGGCAAUCGUGUCAAAGAUCGCCGGGAUCGAUCUGAUCCCAGAGAUGGACCUGGAGAUAGCACACAUCAACAUCUCGGUGAAAACGGAAGAGGAGAAGAGGGAAGAACUGGAGGCUGUAGCCGAAAGGGCAAAUUACGAAGCCGACGAGGGUAUCGCUGGCUGUCCUUGGGAGGACGACAAGCCCAUUGUCGGCUGGCACACAGACAGUUAUCCGUUCGUCUGCGUGACGAUGCUUAGUGACUGCACGGAUAUGAUUGGGGGUGAAACAGCGUUGCGCACCGGCAACGGCGAUAUCAUGAAAGUGAGAGGACCGCAAAUGGGCUGCGCUGUCGUGCUGCAAGGCCGAUACAUUGAGCACGAAGCUCUUCGGACUCUUGGAACAACGGAGCGAAUCACAAUGGUGACCUCGUUUAGGCCGCGUGAUCCCCUCAAAAAGGAUGACACCGUGCUGACCACUGUACGACCCAUAUCCAACAUUAAUGAGCUGUACAACCAAUUUGCCGAAUAUCGGCUGCAGAUUCUUGAAGAGAGAAUCCGUAUGCAGCUUCGAGAGAUUCGUGACCUUUCUGCGGCAGGUAGAAGAGUCGCUACGAAGAAGCUAAAGCGGUUCUUCGAGGAACAGGAGAGCUUCCUCGCGCACAUGAACCGAGAAAUGGUCGACGACGAAGAUGUUGUCGUGGGUAAUAUCCACCAAGAACACCUCAUCUCGAAGAACUCAAACGGGUCGAGGAAACGGCAGCGGCUCGUAUAGGCGUAAAACCUCUCCACUCCCUCUCCUCCACCAUCUCUUAUUCCGUUGGGCCGUGGCUCGUGUGUUCGGUACCUGGGCUCGUAUGCCGGAUAUUCCUUUUAAUGAUAACGAGCUACUCCGGAGUACAGCCAGCACCACCAUACGGAUGAGUCAACAGAUGCGUCAAAGUACGGUAUAAUUACAUGAAGAUGCCUACUCCCUGACAACGCUCUUGCUCACUAGUACUAUACGCCGUAUAGAGUGCACUAGGCACUCGAUG